UUUUCAUUUUUCAAAGGUGUUCCUUUCUCUAAUUCUCUGCAUCACUCUUCUUCUUCUCUAACCCAAACCCUAGAUCUCUCUCAAUUCCCCUCCCUUUUUUUUUCUCUCUCCUCAAAAAUCUCUCAACAACAAUGGAAAAUCGCUUAAACAUGUCUCUCGACGAUCUCAUCAAGAUCAACAAAAGCACUCCUAGUCGUGGUGGCGGUGGCGGUGGCGGCGGAAGAGGUAGAGGUCGUUCCGGUCCCGCACCUUCUAGAAGAUUCGCGAAUCGCGCUGUUAAUCGUUCUACUCCUUAUUCUAUGCCUAUGUCUAAGGCGCCUGAUACAUUUUGGCAGCAUGAUAUGUUUGGGAAUCAAGGAGGUGGAGGUGCAGGUGGAGUUGGAGCGUCUUCAAUCGAGACUGGAACUAAGCUUUAUAUCUCUAAUUUGGAUUACGGUGUUUCUAAUGAUGAUAUUAAGGAGCUCUUUUCUGAGGUUGGUGACCUGAAAAGAUAUGCUGUUCAUUACGAUAGGAGUGGGAGAUCAAAGGGAACUGCCGAAGUUGUUUUCUCGCGGAGGGGAGAUGGUCUGGCUGCUGUCAAGAGGUAUAACAAUGUAGAGCUUGAUGGUAAGCCGAUGAAAAUCGAGAUUGUUGGAACAAAUAUGGCUGCUGCAGGAAUGCUUCCUCCAGCUGCUAAUGGCAUUGGUAGGAAUCCACUUGGUCCGAGAAGUGGUCAAGGAAGGGGAGGUGCAAUGGGACGCCCACGUGGUGGCCGUGGUACUGCCAGAGGCCGUGGCAGAGGAAGAGGUCGUGAAGAUAAGGUGGUAUCUGCUGAUGACCUGGAUGCUGACUUGGAGAAGUACCACUCAGAAGCAAUGCAGACAAACUAAAGCAUACUUAUGGGUUUUCUUUUACCUUCUCUUGGGUUUUAAACCUAUGCUCUUGCAACUGUCGUUUGUGAUGGCUUCAACUUGUUCUGUUUAUUUCUACCAACAUCUUAUUUUAGGCAAAGGCAGAUAGAUGGCAGUAGUUGGAUCUUGGUAUUGAAGCUUGGGUUUUGUAUCCAACUUCAUGUGAUUGAGGGUAAUAUAUCAAUUAAUGAACAGCUAUGAGUUUGUUACUAUUAAAGAUAUAGAUGCUUGUACUUUGUUGUUCCCUA